AUGCCGACGCCGACCGUGGUGGACGCGGAGACGCCUGUGGGGCUGCCGCUGUCCGCGCGCUUCCGGCAGAGCUUCGCCUACUUCUCGAUGACCAGCCGCAACCCAGACAUCCUGGAGCAUACCAUGGCCUCUCUCCGCGAGAGCCCACCGGGCGGCGCGGACGUCGAGACCCUCUGCAAGGAGUUGUCGCAGCUGCUGGAGGAGAUGCGCGGUGACGCGUCGUGGCCGCAGCUGACGUCGACGGCGGGCGACGCGGCUCUGUGGAACAAGCUGCUGCGCGCGGCGGGCUGCGCCUGCUCACGCCACUGGCUGACGGCGCCCUGGAUCGUGGCCGAGUCCUACAUGUACCGCCGCGUACGCCAGGCCACCGAGGCCUCCGCGCUCGCGGACCCCGCGCAGCCGCCCGACCCCUUCCUGCCCGUCAAGCAGAAGACGUUCGCCGCCGGCAUGCCCGCCAUACAGGCGCUGGCGGAGUGGAUGGCUGAAGCUGGGACGAGUCGGGAGGAUUUGUCGCGGUUGCUGAAGACUGCGACGCGCGCCAACGCGGCAGACCUCUCGCUGUCUGCGGGCGUCGUGCUAGAUCAAGACGAGCUGACAGCCAUCACCGCGCCCUCCGACGACGCCUUCAUCGCCGACCAGUCCGAGACGGUGUGGACAGUGCUGCAGUCUGGAGCGGGUUGCGUGACGGUGGACCUGGUGUGUGACAACAUGGGCUACGAGCUGUUCGCCGACUUGUGCCUGGCGCAGCUGCUCACCACGCUGGGGGCCACCAGGGUGCGCAUCCAUCUCAAGGCCCAUCCGUACUAUGUGUCUGACGCAACGAUGGACGACCUGCAAUACCUGCUGGAGCAGCUGACAACUGGGGAUGCUCCAGAGGCUGCUCGGCUGCUGGCUGUGGAUUGGAAGGGCCGCUUGCAAGAUGGUGGGCCCUGGAUUGCCUCUGCUGAAUACUUCUGGACACUGCCACUCACCUAUGACCGCAUGCCCAAGGAGGACCCCAAGCUGUACGCCGAGCUGCAAGAGAGCGCACUGGCCAUCUUCAAAGGCGACGUGAACUUCCGGAAGCUGGUGGGCGACUUGCGCUGGCCGGUGGAGACGCGGCUGGAGCACGCCGUGCGCGGCUUCCGGCCGUGUCCGAUGGCGGCGCUGCGGACGAUCAAGUCGGAAACCGCGGUCGGGCUGAAGCCGGGCCAGGAGAAACAGCUCGACGCGUCGCAGCCGGGCUGGAUGACCAGCGGGCAGCUCGCCCUCAUCGUCUGCGUGCCCGAGUUCAUCUAG